GUACCCACUACAGCAGUCCCUCUAAACAAAAAUAAUUUGAUUCCGAAAAUACCCUUGCACCAUCCAUUAAAUGCACCAUUUUCUCUAUCAUCUUCCUCGUUCUAACAUCACACUCGCUCAAACCCUAGAGCUCUCUCCCAGUUUCAGAACUUGAAGCGAUUUUGAACUAAAGACCAAACAAUGUCGAAAGAAGUAAGUGAAGAGGGUCAGACUCACCACCACGGGAAAGACUAUGUUGACCCACCACCAGCUCCACUCUUUGAUUUUGGUGAGCUCAAGCUCUGGUCCUUCUACAGAGCUCUCAUCGCCGAGUUCAUUGCCACCCUCCUCUUCCUCUACAUCACCGUCGCCACAGUCAUAGGCUACAAGAAGCAAAGCGAGAAUGACCAUUGCGGUGGUGUUGGCUUAUUGGGUAUCGCAUGGGCCUUCGGGGGCAUGAUCUUCGUCCUCGUUUACUGCACUGCCGGAAUCUCUGGUGGUCAUAUCAACCCUGCUGUGACCUUCGGUUUGUUCUUGGCCAGAAAGGUUUCAUUGCUCCGAGCCGUGUUCUACAUGAUCGCUCAGAGCUUGGGAGCCGUCUGUGGUGUUGGGCUUGUAAAGGCCUUCAUGAAGCACGACUACAACAAAUUCGGUGGUGGAGCAAACACCGUUGCCCCCGGUUACAACACUGGUACCGCCCUUGGUGCUGAGAUCAUCGGUACCUUCGUUCUUGUCUACACCGUUUUCUCAGCAACUGACCCCAAGAGAAGUGCACGUGACUCCCACAUCCCCGUCUUGGCCCCUCUUCCUAUUGGGUUUGCCGUUUUCAUGGUUCACUUGGCUACCAUCCCCAUCACCGGUACCGGUAUCAACCCAGCUCGUAGCUUCGGUGCCGCCGUUAUCUACAACAGCGAAAAGUCAUGGGAUGACCACUGGAUUUUCUGGGUCGGACCAUUCAUCGGAGCUUUGGCCGCCGCGGCGUACCACCAGUACAUACUGAGGGCAGCUGCCAUUAAAGCUUUGGGAUCAUUCCGUAGCAACGCUACCAACUAGAAAAUUAAUUAUUAAAUUCAUAAUUUAUUUUGGUUGGUUGUGUGUAUGAGAGGUUGAUCAAUGUUUAAUUUUUAAUUUUUUACUUUUUCUUUUUUUUUUUUUCGGUAUCAUCUUUCAUAUUUUAAAACCUUUUUUUUUUGUUAGCUUGUGAACCUGUGUAUUAUUUGUUCAUGAGUAGUGGUGAUCAGAAGAAGUGUUCUUUUUA